AUGGAGAGAAAAGGUAAAACUGUGAAAAAAGGGCUAGUUGUUAAACCAAUAAUUUCUUCAGAAAUGAAUUCUCGUUGUCAAGUAGAUUUGAUUGACAUGCAAGCUCAACCUGAUGGAAAUUAUCGAUUUAUUUUAGUUUACCAAGAUCACUUAACGAAGUAUGUUUUACUUAAACCAUUAACACACAAACGUGCAGAGGAAGUUGCCUAUAUAUUACUUGAUAUUUUUACUACAUUUGGAGCUCCGUGUAUCUUACAAAGUGAUAAUAGUAGAGAAUUUGUUAACAAGGUUAUUGAAGAGUUAUGUAGUAUGUGGGAAGAACUGAAAAUCGUACAUGGAAAGCCACGGCAUUCACAACGCCAGGGCUCCGUUGAAAGGGCUAACCAGGACGUAGAAAAUAUGCUUGCUACCUGGUUAACAGAUAACAAAACAAAUAAAUGGAGCGAGGGACUUAAAUUCGUUCAAUUUAUGAAAAAUAGAAGUUUACAUCACGGAAUUAAGUGUUCUCCUUAUGAGGCUAUGUUUGGUACACGUGCAAAAAUAGGCCUGAAAUCUACUUCUCUACCAGAAAGUAUCAUACAUAAACUCAAAUCUGAUGAAGAUUUAGAAACUGCACUGAAUUCUAUAAAGACCACAUAUGAAAUAAAUGCUGAGAAACACAUUGAAAAAAAAUCUAUUGAUACGUCUUAUGAAGAAAUUAUCGAUAUUGACGAAGAACCAGCUGAUAUUAUACAAUCAAGAAAGGAAACGAUAGAAAAAAAAAAAAAGUGA